ACUAGCCAAAGCCAACAUGACGAUUGAAACACUUAGACGUGACAUUCGCCGGCUACAAUGCGAGGUAGUCAUAAAAUCCCAUAACACCACGUUGAAACACCAAACCAGUAAUACUAGCGCCAACCUAACUACACUAUCUUUUUUCCCCAGCCACAGCAAACACCAGCCGAAGUCCCCCCCGAAUCCACCGUGCUCCACUCCCGCGCGUCGUAGCUGGACGGAGGUGCCCAAGCCUCUACCACAAAGAGUGCGACCCAGAAGCCGCCGGACCCUCGCUACCCCCAGGCAAAUCACCCGAGAGCAGCCUGCCCAUUCAGAACCCCGGCGACCAUCAACAGUCCUCAUAGGAUCUUCGAUGGUUCGCCACGUAACCCUACGAAACGCCCAGACGUGGUGCCUACCUGGAGCUCUCGUAGCCGAUGUCCAGUCGAAUGUGCCGGACGCGCUGUCACAGUAUCCUACUGCCACAACUCUCAUCGUCCACGCAGGCUCCAAUGACAUCCGGCUGCAGCAGUCUAAAAAACUUGAGUCCGAUUUCCUCUCCCUUAUUAAUACCCUUAGCAGCACUGGAAAAAAAUACGCUAUCUCAGGCCCCAUCCCCUCUGUUUGUUUCUCUGCCUUCCAGUUCUCCCGAAUCCGCCAACUGCACGUCUGGCUGAUGAGACACUGCCGCCAAGAAGCCAUUCCCUACGUUGACAACUUCUCCGCUUUCUGGAACCGCCGUAACCUCUUCGCACGAGAUGGAAGGCACUUAAACAGAUCUGGCGCUCGUCUCCUCGCGACCAACCUAGAGCUGACCCUCGAAGCCCACCGGUCCUUGGAUUGACUAACAGGUGUUUCAAAUCCAAAGCACUACACCAAUUUAGACACUGCGUGCCCAACAGAGAGUUCCCCUCUAGCUAUCCACGCUGUCACUACCCGUAGGAAAGCUCGCAGAUAUAGACCCUCUGGUUGUGUACACAACAACCUAAUUACGAUUGCACCUGAACGCAUAAACAAUAGCUCUACUACUUUGAAUGUUAAUGCUGCAUUACUUAACGUGCAGUCCUUGACCAACAAAAGCUUCGUAGUAAACCAGCUGGUCUCGGACAAAAACAUAAGCUUUAUGUUCCUUACCGAAACAUGGCUUAAAGACGACGGGGCUGCUACUUUUAUUGAGGCUUGCCCUUCCGAUUACAAAUUCCUUCACGCCCCGAGACCAAAGAAACGAGGCGGAGGCGUAGCCAUACUUUUCUCCAACAAAUUUAAUUGUACUAAGAUGAAUCUGGGCUCUUUCUCUUCAUUUGAAUACUUGGCAAUGAGGGUCCAAGCAAACCUCAAACUGAUCAUUAUUGUUCUGUACCGUCCACCGAAAUUCUCUUCGUCAUUUCUAUCUGAUUUCUCCACCUUCAUGUCGGACGUACUUACUAACUAUGACAAAGCAAUAAUUGCUGGCGACUUUAAUAUCCACGUAAAUAAAUCAGAUGACGCAAUAGCCAAGUCUUUCUUAGACACAUUAAAUGGAUUCGGUGUCGUCCAGAAUGUUACAGAACAGCCUACCCAUCGAAAAGGCAACACACUUGACCUUGUUAUUUCACAUGCACUUGACAUCAACAAUAUAUCGGUCACGGACGUCGGCCUCUCCGACCACCACUGUGUGUUCUUUGAUU